AAUCAAGGCGCCCCUGCUUUAGACCAAAGAUAUUCUGUCAAGGCCCAGCAUCACUGUGCUGUGUGCUAAAUUCGGCAGCUUGUGGCACUCACUACGUGUGUUCGUUCUUUGUGCAACGCACAGUGAAGCUUUGAGAAUUCGAGUAUUCAAGUGCAUUUGAAUGAAUUAAGAUUAAAAAGUCUGAUUAAAUGAUUCCUGAAUUCGUGGAACUUUGAGUUAUCUGUCGAUGUAUGGCGUGAGUAAGGAUCAACAAAGGUAUAGGGCGUGCCCUUGAUCCCGCAACAUCUUGAAAUUGCAUUUCUCUAUCAUAUUUGUGGCCCUUUUGUCAACGUACAGCAGAGGAGGCUGCAUUCCUUGGAGGUUGUGGAUCAACUUGGUGACUCUUGCUGCUUCUUUCGAAGGAGUCGUGAUGGGCUCACAUCAAGCAGCCAAGUCGAGUGCUAAAUCCCCAUCCAAGGCCUCAUCAUAGGCACCGUGGCCCAAGCAAACUUGUGGGAACCCUUUCACACGAGCGCCUUUGCAGCUUUUGGUGCUCCGAUGGUGCUGGGGCCAGUGCUUUUUAACACUCUUGCCGCCUUGUUCCUGCUGGCGAUCGCACUGGCAGUCAUGAUAUCGGCAGGCUUUGUGCACCUGCUGGGCACAGCCAUCAAGGAGCUGGACCCCAUGAAGAGGUUCCCUCUGGCGCCCUUCCUGUGCGGCCUGGGAUUCCUGGUCACUUUAGUGGCGGACCAAGUGGCGAGCAUCCUCUCAGAGCGCAACGGCUGGCACGAUGCCGGCAGCGGCCACUGCCACUCCCCCGUGCUGGACUCUGACAUGACCCUGCUGCAGCAUGUGCUUGUUGUCGACCCGGCUCAUGCCUCGCGCACGCAAGGGAGUCCAGCAUUGAAGGACAGCGAAGGUCUGGUGAAGAGCGGCACGAAGAUUCUGGAGGUGGAGGAUGGCUCUGUGAGACUGGCAGCAACUGCGGAGGGUGGCGAUUACCUGUCCAAUGGGGACACGGCCCAUUCUGCAUCCAGCAGUGGGGGUGAGGAGGCGGAGGAAGAGGAUGGCAGGCCAUUGGGAACUCUCCAUCUCGGCAAACGGCAAACCUCAGGGCAUUUGCCAGGGGAGGGGAGGGUGGCAAACGGAGUUCUUCUAGGACCUGUCAACGCCAGCAGCGUGCAGAGAGGCUCCUUGAUGCAGCGGACGGUGUCUCUGCCGCAGAACUCCAGGGAGUCGGAAACGAUACGGCUGGUCGGUGACAUUGUGGACUCGGUGACUGGGGAGGUGCGGGGGCAGGCUGUGAAGGCAGGGAGUGCGGGUGGCCGGUCCCCUGAGCCGGCGGGGGGUGCAGAGCAGCUGCAGGCGGCGGCGUCGGUGUCUUUCCUGACAGCAGCGCUCAUGGGAGUGGCCCUCUGCUUCCAUUCUGUCCUGGAGGGCAUGGCCAUGGGGGCACAGGCGAACAUAGUAGACAGCGUGCACAUCUUCAUAGCAAUCGCUGCGCACAAAGGCUUGGCUGCCUACGCGCUGGGAAGCUCUGUUGUGGACUCUCAGGCCAGCAUGCGGAAAUUCUGGACGGUGAUUGGCUUCUUUGCAUCAGCCACUCCUGUGGGCAUCUUGCUCGGGGUUGUGCUGUCCAGUGUGUCAAACAGCGAUGCAGCUGCGUCCGUAUCUGCUUUAGCGUCAGGCACGUUUUUGUAUGUGGCGUUCAUGGAGGUGAUUCCCAGGGAGCUAGCAAUGCCCAGCCACAGGACUGCCAAGCUUGUCAUGCUCUUGGCAGGAUUUGCAGCGAUGUCCAUUUUGGCCAUCUGGGCGUGAAGGGCAUAUUCUCAGAUAUUCAUGAUGACCAAGACACACCGAAUGAAUCAUUGUUAAAGAUGGUACCAGUGCCCAUCAGAAGCUGUGCUGAACAAGCAUGCUUGCUUGCUGAUCAUGAUUGCCAGCUGGUUGCCAACUGCAGUGCUCUAUUGUAUCACAGUGCCACAGAACGCAUGUGUAGGAUGUACAAGUUGCGCUGUGCUUGUGAGACGCGGGUCUCAGAGCCUGUACGAUGUGUAGUGUAGGACUGUUGUCUGUACAGUCCAACUUGCAGAGCAUGCUUAAGGAACGAUUGUAUGAG